UGUGACUCAUUUAAGGAUUUCUAAUAAAUUUUAAACAUGUUCAUCCCAGAAUGACAUUUGUAUAUACGCUUUAUAUUUUGAUUAUUGUUUUUGCAGAAAACAAGUUGAUAAAAGCUACAUACGAAAUAAUUCCAGAGAAAAUAGAACAUGACAGGACAAAUUAUAAAGUAUUAAGUGAAGAUUUAAAUUGUUCAUCGACAAUAUCGAGCGUGUACUUUCUUGAUCUCAUACAAUGGACCAAGCAUUAUCCAAUGGGAAAAAUAUCUAAGGAGCGUUCAACAAUGGAGUUGACACGAAAGUUGUUAGGAUACCCGGACAUCGUAAAGUAUAUAAAAGAAAAUCGCAGGCCGGUUAACUUAUUGGAUCUAGAAGACUACCAUUUAGCAAAUGUGUUAGAAUUUCCAGAACACAAAGUUGUGCGAAGGUAUGCGUCGAAAAAUGAUAAACAUUCGUCCGUUAGGAGAAAGAAAGGAAAGAAGAAAAGAGCCCAUAAAGAACAUUCUGAGGAUUCUAUGAAGCAAAAGAAACGAAACCACGGCGCAGCAUCAAUGGGAUAUCAUGCUGUUACUCACAAAAACCAUAAACUGAAAAAGAAGGAAAACAAAUUUAACCGGACGACCUGCUACCUACAGAAACAUCAAUCACUCUGUAUAUCGAUCGUGUUUGUUCUAGUUUUUAUCAUUUUAAUACUGGUCGCAGCUUAUUACCUUCAUAAGCGGAGCCGUUUAAAGGCACGUGGUACGCGAUUCAAUUGGGUCGAGCAUAAAGAAGACAAAGACACUUUAACCGAUUACAUUGAAUGGAACGAUGAAGCUGUAUGUACCUGCUCGGACGUUCAUAUCGGAAGCACAAGAAAGUGUCCACUCUGCAAUCGAAUUUAUCAAACGACUUCGCAUAUUUCUAAGAAAUGUUUAAGUUGUAUGAGUGUAAAAAAGUCGACAGAUAAGUCCAAGAAAAAAAGGUUCAGUUUCCUCCAGAAAUGUCUUCAAGAUAAGAAGAAAGGAAAGAAUUUGGAAAAUCUAGAUUGGAAGAAAACAGACAGAAAAAUGGUUCUAAAUAAACAGGAAACUUUUCCAAGCUCUAUCCAGAAGGAUCAACAGUGUGCUUGCUGUAAAUGUAAUUUGAAUAAGAGAGACAAAAUGGUCCGUGAGGAAGAACAUAGAAGAAAAAUACUGCGGAAAUUGAAAGCGAGAAAACGCAAAGAAAAAAAAAGAAGAAAAGAAGAAAUACAUAAGACAGAGAAAUACGCGGACAUAUGUUUCAAGGAUACUUGUAAAUAAAUUACUUUUUAAGUAUGCGUUAAAAAUUAA